GUGUGUGUAUGUAUGUGUGUGCAAACUGAGCGGAGGUGAAGAAGAGGAGGAUGAAGCUGGGAGCUGAGGAUGGGAGGAAGAGUGGAGUAAGAGACAGGCUAGCUAUCAAGGGCUGUGUAUGCAUGCCUGCAAGUGUGAAUGCGUGAGUGAGUGUGGAAGAGGGAGGUCGUUAUCGGACUGAAACAAAGACGCAUUUUGGAACCCCGAAACAUUGCAACGGAAACUUUAAACUUUUACCCGCCAGAGCUUUGCUACUGUGCCGGGUCCCGGCUUUGUUUCGCGGCGGGUGAGGUCUCUAAUAAAUGCAGGGAUAAAAUAGCUCUAGAUCGACAUUUUUAACGGAAGAGGGGAAUCCCUUGGACAGUGUUUGUUGGGGGUAACGAGAGAAUGGCGGCCAACAUGUACCGAGUGGGAGAUUACGUGUACUUUGAGAAUUCCUCCAGCAACCCCUACCUAAUCCGCAGAAUAGAAGAGCUCAACAAGAUCAUGGUUAAUCCAAUGACGGCCAAUGGGAACGUGGAAGCCAAGGUGGUGUGUCUGUUCCGGAGGCGGGACAUCUCGGGCAACCUCAACACUCUGGCCGACAGCAACGCAAGAGACUUUGAGGAGGAGUCCAAGCAGCCCACCGUGUCUGAACAGCAGAAACACCAGCUGAAGCACAGAGAACUUUUCCUCUCUCGGCAGUUUGAGUCUCUACCUGCAACUCACAUACGAGGGAAAUGUAACGUCACCCUCCUCAACGAAACGGACGUCCUCGCCGGGUACCUGGAGAAAGAGGAGUGUUUCUUUUACUCGCUGGUGUUUGACCCGGUCCAGAAGACCCUCCUGGCGGACCAGGGAGAGAUCCGCGUAGGCUCCAAGUACCAGGCCGAGAUCCCUGACAAGCUAGCAGAAGGUGAAACAGACACCCGUAUCCAGGAAAAGCUGGAGACUAAGGUCUGGGACCCUGACAACCAGCUCAAAGACCCCCAGAUUGACCAGUUCCUGGUGGUGGCUCGUGCUGUGGGGACGUUUGCCAGAGCCCUGGACUGCAGUAGCUCCAUCCGUCAACCCAGCCUGCAUAUGAGUGCUGCAGCAGCCUCCAGAGACAUCACACUGUUCCAUGCCAUGGACACCCUGCAGAAGAACGGUUAUGACCUAGCCAAGGCCAUGUCCACGCUGGUCCCGCAGGGCGGGCCGGUCCUCUGCCGUGACGAGAUGGAGGAGUGGAGCGCCUCAGAGGCCAUGCUGUUUGAGGAGGCCCUGGAAAAGUACGGCAAGGACUUUAACGACAUCCGCCAGGACUUUUUGCCAUGGAAGUCACUAGCCAGUGUGGUCCAGUUCUACUACAUGUGGAAGACUACUGACCGCUACAUUCAACAGAAACGACUAAAGGCAGCAGAAGCGGACAGCAAGCUGAAGCAGGUGUACAUCCCCACCUACACCAAACCCAACCCCAACCAGAUCAUGGCUCCUGGUAACAAGCCUGGCAUGAACGGGGCCGCUGGCUUCCAGAAAGGACUGAGCUGCGAGAGCUGCCAUACUGCCCAGUCAGCACAGUGGUACGCAUGGGGUCCUCCCAACAUGCAGUGCAGACUGUGUGCCUCCUGCUGGAUCUACUGGAAGAAGUAUGGAGGCCUGAAGACUCCCACACAGCUAGAGGGCGCCGCAAGAUCUGUCUCAGAGUCCACUCCGCGCGGUCACAUGACCCGCCAGGAGGUGCAAGGCCUUUCCCCGUUCACGACGAGCGGGGGGCGCGCCAAGCUGCUGGCCAAGAAUCGGCAGACGUUCAUCCUGCAGACCACCAAGCUGACGCGUAUUGCCCGCCGCGUCUGCACUGACAUCCUGCAGCCCCGCCGCGCGGCACGCCGUCCCUACGCCUCCAUCAAUGCAAACGCCGUCAAGGCCGAGUGUAUGAUACGGUUGCCUAAAGCAACCAAGGCCCCUAUAAAGAACCGCUCGAUCCCUCGACCACCGCUGGCCACUAUAGUGAAGGAACUGGCCAUCCAGGCUCCACUCAAGCUGAAGGCCCCCAGAGGCACUCCCACACCCAUCAACCGCAACCAGGCCAACCAGCCCCGCGGGGGAUCAGGCCUGCUUGGGAAGAGGCCCUUUGACAGUAGCGUCAUUGCUGUAAAUGAGAAUGUGUUCUCAGUCAACUUAGCUGUCACAGGCGGUAGGGCUGCCGUUCCCCACCAAUGGGAGGCCGUUCACAUCGGGCAUGAGGACCACCUCACAGUCGGUGAUCAAGCGUCAGAAAGUGAACCAGGGAGAUGCACCCAACCCCGUGGUGUUUGUGGCCACGAAAGACACCAGGGCUCUGAGAAAACACCUGACUCAGUCUGAGAUGCGGCGUGCAGCCAGAAAACCUCACCUCCCUGUCAGGGUCAAGCUGCCCCUAGGUCCCCGGACCCUGGUACUGCCCACCCUGCCAUCCAGCACCAGCGAGCCCAUCGUCCUGGAGGACUAAGGGGGGGGCUGAGACCCACUGCGACACGGGGGUGCACCACCGCGCACGCCCACCUGCUCGUGCAGCAGCGCACGCCAUACCAGUCCAGUAGUCGUUUUCUGUUGUCAUAUUUUUUUUUUUUUUCUGUUACCUCCCAAAAACUGACAUGCUGCUCACCACACACACACACACACACACACUUUAGUGACACCCACAUGCAUACUUUGCAUUGAGUUCACACAUACACAUGCCAACAUUACUUCUCUACUCACACUUACACGCUUUGGGCUUUGUAGUAUUUUAUUCCGGCUCUUUUUGCUUAAUUAUUUUGCUCCCCUUUUUUAAUGGCAAAUAUUUUAACUGUGUAAUUUAAACUCUGAAAUAUUUCUCAUCCUGAAAUAAUGGUGUUAAAACACUUUAUUUUUUCCUCCAGGUCUUAUUUGUGUAAAUAUUUGCAGCUUUUUGAGGGGGUGACACCAAUUUGGUUGGGGACGUGGUUGUGGGAGGGCCAUUGAAAGAAAUAGAAAUACUAGAAGGGACAAAAGUCCCUCAGACCACGGCAAUUUGACUGAAUGUCCAUUCUAGUUGUUCUAUUUCUAUUGGGAAGGCUAAAUGGGACAGGAGUUUUUAGCAUGUUUCUUUGAUUAUUUUUCUGGGAAAGUCUAUUUAGAUGGUUUCGUUAACAUGUUCCUUCAUAGGUCUGGGAGGUUGAGGUAAAGUACUUUGUAUGACUCAUCAUUCAAGCAUACUUGUCAAAUAAUCAUAUUCUACUUUUUGACACUCAUUCUGUUAGACUUUAAUUUGCACUAUCACCCUGCUCCCUUUCCACACACCCAAAUAAGAACUGAUCCCCCCCCUCUAGCUCUCCACAAGCCUAUCAGAAGUUACGUUUGAUAGUGAGGGGGAAAAAUGCUGUUGACCCCUAGUAGUUUGAGCUCUGUUUUUCUAGUUUGUCAUCACAAUCGAUUUGAGUCCUGUCUUGUCUCCUAUCACUGUCAUGCUUGUUACAGCCACGUUUUACCCAUCCGGAGAGCGAGACUUUCUGGAUCCGUCUCUGUAAAGCCUUUGGGGUGCGUUUUGGUUUUUACCUGCGAGAACGACCUCACAAGACCGUUGUACUCAAAUCAUCAAUACAAUGGUAGGAGAGAGUAAUGGUUUAGGAAAAGGUGUAAUGUAGGUUAACAGGGUAGAAGACAUUCAUUUCAUGUAAGUUUGGAAGAUAUUCAAAAGUGCGUUCUGGAUUUGGAUCUGAUGGGUUACUGUGGUUUGAGACAUGCGGAAUAGAUGCUGUUGUCUUUUAAGGCCCUUAUUGUGAGAAAGAUGGGUUAUUUUUAGUGAAGGAGACAGAAUUAAGCCAUAAACAUUCAAGGUGUGUUAAACUCCAUUCUAAGAUGGCCCCUGUGCAUGUUGCCACCUGUACGUAUAAAACAUACAUUCAGAUCCCCCACCCAUAGACUAGGUCACAGCAUUUAUGACAAUGGACUGUUUGGCUCUCGCUUUUGAACAGAAAUGGCAAAUUAUGUUACGAGCUGGUUGUCAGAAUGUCAUUACUAAAGCAGCAAUAUGUACUGACUUGGGUACAGAAGUCAUGUUUUUAAUGAUAUGAUGGGAGAGGAAUCUCCAGUGAUGUCUUUACUUGUGGAUUGAUUUGGUUUGAAUCUUUAUUUUACCUUUUUUGUGUUUUAUGAUGAAAGAGUGCGUUAGAUUAAAUCGAUGCUUAAUUGGAUAUUAUAAUUCCUCAUGUUCCCUCAGGCAUUGGGAACUGACAGCCAGUACUGGGGUAGAAAUGAAGGAUUUAUAUGCAAGUUUGGUCCCAAUGUGGGCUUUUGUAAUGUUUCUAAAACAAAUUUUAAGUGUUAAAAUGCUUAGUGAAAAUACUAAUCUGAAGAAAAAAACUUGGCCUAUUGAUAACGUCAGUUUUUUUUUUUUAUAUAAAACCUUUUAAAAAAAGCUUGUAAUUACUUCAUAUUUUGGAGAAGGUUAAAAUACUGUACAUGUGAACAUUGCUCUCUGUCAUUGAAUGGGUUUGGGAUGGGAGACUGGGAUGGUUGGCCAUCAAACAGGUGGGAGGGAUGGAGAGGGGGGUAGAAUUUUGUAUGUUGGAGAGAUAAUUAUGCUACAAUUACAUUUUUUUCUCAAGUGUUUUUUAUUCCAAUGUGUCUGUAUCCUUUUAAUGUAUCUUGAUAAGAAAAUAAAUAAAGAUUUUUUUUCUUUGUGGUCAUAUA